AAUUUCCUUUUAAAUCGUUCUCGGUUCAGUACGAUUCGUUUUUUGAGUUUUGAAAACGGAGUGUUUUUGAAGUGAUUAAAAUACAACAUUUGCAAAUUUUGAAAAUCUUACUUGGUGAUACAAAGAUUGUGUAAUAAUGCCACGCAGGAAGAGAUCGCAAAGCCCAUUGGAUUUUUAUGAUGAUGAAUUGGAUGAGGAUUCUCAAGGCUCCCAACCGCCGGUACAGCGAAAUGCAGCCAAUGCCCGGGAACGAAUGCGGAUGCGAGUAUUAUCCAGCGCCUAUGGACGCCUAAAAACCAAGUUGCCCAACAUUCCGCCGGACACAAAGCUCUCCAAGUUGGAUACGUUGCGUUUGGCCACUUUAUAUAUAAAACAGCUAAUCACGGCCGUGGAAACUGGCAGCAAUGGCAGCCACUCCCACAAUCACAGCCAAAACCAAAGUCACAACCACAGUCAUUCGAGCACCGCCAGUUCUGAAGGAUUGGACACGAGUCACAUGGCAGACGCCUCCGGAGGAGCCAAUUUCCAUUUUCACAACAACGGCCAUGGCAGCAUGAGCUGGCCCUUUGAGUUCCAUCAGAGUAAUCGCAGCCUGGCAUUUCCUCCGUCCGCCACAUCCUCUCGCAUGGAGUGGCAGACUUUACAUGCCCAACCGUAUCAAAAAUCCACACGAAGUGAAUCCCAUGUUCCGGCGGAUCUCAGUUACCAUCAGAUGUCGGACUCCUCGCAUGGUCACUGGUAUGCUGGUAUGGAAAUGCAUCAAAUGGAUCAGCCUAAUAGUUGCUCCUACGAUACCACUGUGGGCCAGCAUCAGCGUGGCAUUGCAAUAGCAACUAGCCAGUCGCAUGGAAUAUAGUUCAGCUUUUACCUGAAUAACUAAGCCAAAAUUCAUUUCCCGCCUAAUAAGUGUAUUAAAACGUGAUUUAUUCUUACGUGUGUGUGCAAGAUUAAACCCAUUAUUAUAAGACCAAAGAUUGGUGUUACCUCAAGAUCUAUUAGCAAAUAUAUGAAUGUUUUUAAUUAACGGUAACUUUGAUUU